AUGAAACCAAUCAUUCUUCAAGGCCACGAGCGUUCCCUUACUCAAAUCGUCUUCAACUCUGAAGGAGACCUGUUAUUCUCAGCAUCAAAAGAUUCAGUCGUAAAUGCCUGGUUCACCUCGAAUGGUGAGAGAUUAGGAACAUUUGGGGGUAUAAAAGGUGAUGGAGGACAUAACGGUACGGUAUGGACGGUCGCUGUCGAUUCCCAAACACGAUUCCUUAUCACUGGAGCGGCGGACAACACGAUGAAGUUAUGGGAGAUUGCUACAGGGAAAUGUCUGUUUACUUGGGAAUUCUUGACUGCUGUCAAGAGGGUUGCGUGGAACGAGGAUGACGACACUAUCUUAUCGAUUACCGAACAGCGAAGUGGACAACCAUCAAUCAUCAGGAUAUACAAGAUAAACAGGGAUGAACCAACUUCGCAAACCACCACUCCAAUAACCACCAUGACCCUCUCAGGAUCCAAAGCGACCGUUGCCUUGUGGACACCAUUAUCAGAAUACAUAUUGACCGGACACGAGAGUGGGAAAGUAGCGAAAUACGAUGUUAAAUCAGGAGAAGAAGUGAAUUACGUGGAUGAUGCUCAUUCAGGAGAGAUUACGGAUAUUCAAUCGAGUCCUGAUGGAACUUAUUUCAUCACGAGUAGUAAGGAUAAGACUGCUAGGAUCUUCGACUCGGAAACACUCGAAGAGAUGAAAGUGUUCCCUACGGAAACUCCAUUGAACAGUGCUUGUAUCGCACCAUUACGACCAUACAUAAUCCUAGGUGGUGGUCAAGAUGCCAUGUCGGUAACUACCACAUCGCAACGAGCUGGUAAAUUCGAAUCGAGAUUCUGGCAUAAAUUGUUUGAAGAGGAAGUAGGUAGGGUGAAAGGACAUUUCGGCCCAAUCAACACCCUCGCUGUGCACCCUCAAGGCAAAGCCUAUGCGUCAGGUGCGGAAGAUGGUUUCGUAAGAGUACAUUGGUUCGAUGAGAGUUAUUUCAGAUCACGACCUUUCGGUGAUCUUGAACCUGAGGUGGAAGUGUAG